AUGUCGCCGCUCGUUCCUACGCAACACGUCUCGCAACAUCCGUUCAUGAAUGCGCUGGAUCCCAUGGGUUGGCCGAACAAGCGUUUAAGGACGUCCUACGCAAACAGCGCCGCGGCAGCAGAGCCUUCGCGCCGCAGCUGGGUUGCUGUCCCGAGCUUGCGCCAUGCGGACGCCGCAAGCGGCGGACAAUGCGCUGCGCUUGAGAUUGACGACUGCGCGACUGCGCGUCGGGGGAAGGGAGGCGCGGACGCGUCGCCGCUUCCUUCCGCCUCUUGCCAUAUCGAUCGUCUUCCUAACGAGCUCGUCGCGACCAUCUUGCGCGACGUCUUCAAGAAGGCGCAAUCGCUCUCCGACAUCGCCAGCCUGCUGCUAACAUGCCGGCGCUUCUACGACAUCUGUCGGCCUGCGUCGCACUGGUCGCUGCUGGCGUCCGCAUCCGUCGAGUCUCUGCUGCCGAUUGACGCGGCGCACUGGACUCCCGCAGUGCAGCGAUUUCUGCUCAGCGCCGCGGCAGAGGGCAACAUCGAAGCAAUCUAUAUCGCGGGCAUGAUCUCCUUUUACUGUAUCGGAAAUCACUGGGCGGGCGCGCGCUUGCUCGCGCAAGCGGCGGAGUGCGGACACGGCCCCGCGACCUAUUCCCUCGCUAUAAUCAACUUUCACGGGAGUGGCGGAACCGCGCGGGACACAAAUCCGCAGGCGGGUGUGGAUCUGUGCUGGCGGGCGGCGAAGUUGGGAUUCAUGCCUGCGUUACAAGAACUGGGUCACUGUUUCGUGGACGGCUAUGGUAAAACCCCGUCGGUAGGACGAGAGGCUCGGAUAACCAGUCAGGCUCGGCUAGACACGCAGGUUCGGGUAGUAGGCGGGCAGGCUCGGCAAGUUAGAGCUGCUUCGGCAUGCCCCAGACGAACCAGCACGUGGGACCCGGCGCCUCACGAAUUCAACCCCGAGGCGCGGCACAAUCGAUGCUGGGUCAGUCACGUGUCGCCUGCUCGAGGUCGCGUUUCCACCGCAGCGUCUUCCGGGGACAAUAUCGAGGCUGCUGCUUCCGAGGAUGCUGCUGCCGAGCCGCAUUCCCUGCCUAGCGACGCUCCGUCGCUAAAGGCCGCGCUUUACGCCGGUCUAGAAGGCCUCAACCGGGGCAUCUUUGGCAUGCCAUCCGCCAAGCGGGCUUAUCUGCACGCGAUAAUUGGGCGGCUGGAGGAAUUGAACCCGCGACCUGCUCCCACGGAGCACAUUGAUGAGAUCACAGGCGAGUGGAGGCUGCUCUACAGCACCAUCGCCAUUCUCGGCUCCAAGCGCACCAAGCUGGGCCUGAGGGACUUCAUUUCUUUGGGCGACUUCCUUCAGAUUGUGGACAAGGAUACGAGGCGAGCAGCCAACGUGGUGGAGUUCUCAGUGAGGGGGUUGGGACUGUUGUCAGGGAAGCUCACCAUCGAAGCAACGUACACCAUCGCCUCCCCUACUCGGGUGGACAUCAAAUUUGAGAGCUCCAGCAUCGUACCGGAGCAGCUGAACAAGCUAUUUGAGAAGAACUACGACCUGCUUCUGCGAAUAUUCAACCCGGAUGGUUGGCUUGAGAUAACUUACGUGGACGACACUGUGCGGAUUGGGCGGGACGACAAGGGAAAUAUAUUUGUGGUGGAAAGGCAACUAUCCAAACCAUAG